AAGAUUAUCUACAGUGGUUUUAGAAUCAAAUUUAAUCCUAAUCUAAUCAGUAAAUGAUCCUUUUACGAUUUGCAUAUUUACAAGUUAAUUUUGAAGUUAAACCAAAAGAUUUGAUUUACCUACACAACGGAAUAUGAGUGGAUGACUGGAUGCAUCAAUUAUUACGGAAAAUUUUAAAAGACGCAGUUGCCUGAAGGAUCAUCAUUUGUUAUCGUUCAUUUUUUUACACCGCUCUUUAUAUUUUACAAGCCAGAUCCGUCAUGUUUAAUCUGUAUUAAAAAAAGUUCAUAAAAAACAUACAAUGUGUAUCGUGUUUGAUUAUUUGCCAGAACAAGAGGGUCCUGCCAAACAUUUGUGGCUUCGUUUGUGGCGAACUCAACAAGAUUUAGAUAAUAUGAAUAUUAAGGAUACGGACAUCGAUGUCGAAGCCCUAAAUACCAUUAAUACUCAGAAUCAAGCAAAUAUAACAAUCAUGAACGGUAAAAGUGAUAAUAGUAACAAUUUUUUGCCGCGAAGAAGAAAAUUCGAUAACCGUGCGAGUACAAGGGGAAUGGGUCGCUAUCCUGAAAAGGUUGUAGGCGAAUUCGGCGGCUGCCCUUGGCGUAAAGAGAAUUAUAAUUACGGAAGGGGUAUAAUUGGGCUGCACGAAGAAAUAGAGCACUUUUAUGAGUACAUGUCACCUACCAAAGUGGAACAUCGGAUACGAGGGGAUGUAAUACAUCGGAUUGAAAAGAUAAUUGUGUCAAUGUGGCCAGAUGCUCAGGUCCAAGUUUUCGGAUCGUACAGGACUGGUCUAUAUUUACCUACAAGCGAUAUUGAUUUAGUGGUUAUAGGUAAAUGGUCAUAUUUGCCACUGCGUACCUUAGAGAAAGAAUUUUUGGAACAUGACAUUGUCGAAGUAGGUGGCAUAAAAGUUUUAGACAAAGCGUCCGUACCAAUAGUAAAAUUAACCGAUAAAAAAACCGAAGUGAAAGUGGACAUAUCUUUUAAUAUGUGCAAUGGAGUAAAAUCCGCCGAACUAAUCAAGCGUUACAUGAACGAAUUUCCGGUGUUACCAAAAUUAGUGUACGUUUUAAAACAAUUCCUAUUAGAGAGAGACUUAAACGAAGUGUUCACCGGCGGCAUUUCUAGUUAUAGUUUAAUUUUAAUGUGCAUCAGUUUUCUACAAUUAUAUCACAGGCCGGCGGACCAGCUUAGAAAUGCAAAUUUAGGUGUCUUACUCAUAGAAUUUUUAGAACUAUAUGGCCGGAAGUUUAAUUAUAUGCAGACUGGUAUUCGAAUACGAGACGGAGGAAGAUAUAUCAACAAAGACGAGAUGCAGAAGGACAUGCUUGAUGGACACAGGCCGAGCUUGUUGUGUAUUGAAGAUCCUCUCCUCUCAACAAACGAUAUUGGAAGGAGUAGUUAUGGAGUUUUGCAGGUGAAGAGAGCGUUUGAUUGUGCAUAUGUAGCACUAACAAAUGCGGUAAAUCCUUUAAAUAUGUACAGAGACUGCACACGGUAUUCAAUAUUAAGUCGGAUAGUGCGUGUUACUGACGAUGUAGUACGCUAUAGAAGAUGGGUAGAGCAACAGUUCAGACGCUUACGUUCACCACCACUGGGUUCACCAUCAUUAAAGUAUUCAAAAGUAAUAGGCGCCUCACGUUCACCGCGAUCUUUAUCGAGUAGUGGCUCAACAUCUAGCGUCGAUAGUGCAGCUAGUUCCGAUGGGUCCGAUCCGCCAUCGCGUGGUAUGUCGCCCAAUAACAAUAUUCACCAUAAAACACAACAAAAGUCACAUCUACGCAACACUGUAAGAACAUUCAAAAAUAAUAAAAAUCAAAAUAACCAAUCAAAUUUUAUUAAUCAAAAUUACGUUAAGCAUAAAAGACCGAUAAAAAAUAACAGAUGUCAUAUAGAAAUUGGAUAGUUCACAGUGAUCUCUAGUAAUAAGCUAGCGUUAGUGGUGAUA